CUUCAUUUAUAUCCUAAGCACUAGGAAUCACAGACUAAAUAAAAAAGAAAAAGAAACACUAGGCUAAGUGUUUGACCAAAAGGUGGCAGUCUUUUUCCAUAUGACAGAAGGUCCUUAAUCCUGAUUGGCUGUCUGUUUGGCUUUGGGGGAGAAAAGACCCUUGGGGGGAAGAUAAAAGAGCCUCUUUUGCAGAGUAGGAAGAGAAAGGAGAAGAAGGAGAUCACAGCAUGUAUGUAAUGUGUGUGAAUGUGAAGCAGCAGGGAAACUCGGAACUACCAGGUGAGAGCGUGUGAUGGGACGACGAGGUGAGGAAACAGCACAUUUCUCCUUUUGGGCAGAUUAAUAGCGUCACUGGAAAGCUGACGCUCUACAAGUGGCGACAUGCUACGAGCUCAGAUCUCAUGUCUGGUUGUGCUCGCCUGCUUCUGUAUCAUCUGCUCCACCCUGGCUUCACCCAAGAUAUCUUCGUAUGCCAAAUCUGAGGACAGGCUGUUGAAUAAUCUCUUUAAAAAAUACCAGAAAUGGGUGCGACCGGUGGAAAGACUGAAUGGGACGGUGCGAGUCAAAUUCGGAUUGGCCAUCUCUCAGCUGGUCGACGUGGAUGAGAAGAACCAGUUGAUGACCACCAAUGUAUGGAUGAAGCAGGAAUGGGUGGACACAAAGCUGCGAUGGAACCCUAAGCACUACCAGGGUAUCACGUAUAUAAGAGUGCCAUCUGACUCCAUAUGGAUUCCAGAUAUUGUGCUUUAUGACAAUGCAGACGGGCAUUUUGAGGCCACAGCGACCAAAGCCGUAGUGAAGCAUGAUGGCACCAUCUCCUGGACACCACCCGCUAACUACAAAUCAUCCUGCACUAUUGACGUUACCUUCUUCCCCUUUGACCUUCAGAACUGCUCCAUGAAGUUUGGCUCAUGGACCUACGAAGGCUCACAGGUGGACAUACUCUUGGAGGACGUCCACGUGGACAAGCGAGAUUACUUUGACAACGGUGAAUGGGAGAUUGUGAAAGCUACUGGAAGCCGUGGUGUGAGGAUGGACAUGACAGGCUUCUAUCCCUUCAUCACUUACUCUUUCAUCAUCCGGCGUCUUCCUCUGUUUUACACGCUCUUCCUUAUCGUUCCCUGCAUCGGUCUGUCCUUCUUGACUGUGCUGGUUUUCUACCUGCCCUCUAACUGUGGAGAGAAAAUCGCUCUUUGUACUUCAGUUCUUGUCUCACUCACUGUGUUCCUCUUGGUGAUAGAGGAGAUCAUCCCGUCGUCCUCAAAGGUCAUCCCACUGAUCGGCGAGUAUCUAGUCUUCACGAUGAUCUUUGUCACACUCUCCAUCAUCAUCACAGUCUUUGCUAUCAAUAUUCACCACCGUUCCUCCUCCACGCAUCAUGACAUGGCACCCUGGGUGCGCCGGGUCUUCCUGCACAGUCUCCCGAAGCUGCUUUGCAUGCGCAGCCAUGUGGACCGCUAUGCAACAACAGGCGGGAAUCAUCGAGCAGGAGGAACGGCGGCGCUAAACCCUGGGAAGAGCUUAAAACAAGACAGCAGCCUUCUGCUAAACUCAGCAGCACACAACCUUCAAGCAGCACUGGACUCUAUUCGAUACAUCACUCAGCAUGUGGUAAAGGAGAAUAAAGUCAGAGAGGUUGUUCAAGAUUGGAAUUUUGUGGCUCAAGUUCUAGACCGUGUCUUCCUGUGGGUCUUCUUGUCAGUAUCUGUACUUGGUUCUGCUCUGCUAUUCAUACCUGUAAUAUACAAAUGGGCUAAAAUCGUUGUUCCAAAUUAUGGUGAUAACAACGGCUAAGCAAACAGACUUACAGUGGGGUAUAUAGAAUUCUUAAUUUGUGAAAAAAUGCACAGGGGUUUAAAUAUUUUGUCUUCUUUAGGACUGAUUGAUUGAUUGAUUGAUUGAUUGAUUGAUUGAUUGAUUGAUUGAUUGAUUGAUUGAUUGAUCCACAUUAUAACUAAACUAAACCUAGCAUUACACUGCCUCUCUUCACAAUGCAGCAUCUACAGUACAAAUAUUAUUGCAAUUUGGGAAAUAUUGCAAGUAAUA